GCGGCUUGUUUGACACGUCACGUGCCGCAGGGAAGGCCCGGGCGGAGUUAUCGAGCGCUCCCUCCUCGGAGCACAGGAAACGGGAUGCGGGCUAACUCCCCGGUAAGGGUAACGGUUUUAUUUUCGCUCUGGCUCGCGCCCGUGGUGAUGUCAUGAAUCGCCGCCAGAGCCGAGGCCGAGCGAAUUGGGCCCGGUGUCGGUGAGUGGCGGGAAAUCCCCGCGCGCGCGCACCCGUGUUUCUGUAUGUGUGUGUGUUUGUUGUGUACUUAGCUGCCUGUGCUAGCGAAGUCAGCCUGCUUUGCCUAACGGUUCACCGGGAGCUCUCCUCUGGGGACGCGGGCCACCAGCUCCCGGUGAGAGCCAUCGCGACGCUCCGCCAGCACCGCCGGACAAAAUGGAGGCAGGGGCACGGCUGUAGCAGGAGGGACGAAGCGAGAAAGCUGCGGAUGUAGUUAGCAUCAGGCCUGAAUACCAACACACCUCCACCCUCUCCCCCUCCUCCCUCCUUCCUUCCUUCCCUCCCUUCUUCCUUCCUUCCCUUGCUGCCUCUCCUUUCACCCAUGGUCACCAUGGAGUCCGUCCUCAACCCGCUGCCCCAGUUUCCAGAGAACUCCUACAAAAUGACCGAGGACGACGUGAAGAGGUUAAUUGAGUUCAGAGCGUCCAACGAAGCGUUGUUCACCGGGAAGAGGAACUCCGCCAAGAUCGCAUGGAGCACCAUCCUGAAGGGCCUGGGUCUGGAGGGCAAGCUGACCGCUGACCAGAUCGCCAAGAAGUGGGACAACCUGCGAACAAAAUACAAGGACCUGAAGCAGCCCUACCAGGGCCAGGACACCACAGGGGCCGUCGUGGAGUCGUGGCCCUGGUUCCACAUCAUGGACGAAGCCAUGCAGGGUCGACUCUACAACAGCAACCUGGUGCUGAGUCCGGAGAACGCCGCCCACCAUGGCCACCGCGGCCACAGCCACUCCAGCCACAACCAGGAGAACACCGACAUCCUGGAGUUCCUCAUCAAGACGGAGAUGGAGGACUCAGUGGCGGCCGAGGCGGUGGAGGACGACGGGGUGGUUCACACGGACGCUCCUCCCACUGAGGGAGUCCCCAUGGGCUGGAGGAGGAUGAGCGAGUGCUCCUAUAAAAUGACUGAAGCAGAGACGGAGCGAAUGAUCAAACUCCGAGCUGCGAACGAAGCGCUCUUCACUGGCAGGAAACAUUCAGCCAAACCGGCCUGGAGAGCCAUCCUGUAUGAACUUGGUCUUCAGGGGAAGCUGACCACAGAUCAGUUAGCCAAGAAGUGGGACAACCUGAAAAGGCGCUACAAGGAGCUGAAGUUCCCUACCCGAGGUUCAGAGACCAAUCCCAGCUCCUGGCCCUGGUUCUACCGCAUGAACGACGCCAUGGAGGGACGGUUCUCCGGCGCCGCACCCAUCCUCACGCCCAUCGUGGAGGACGAGGACGAAGACUGCGAGUCGCUGUCGCCGACGCCCAAGAAACGAGCCCGCCGCAGCAGAGGGGGCAUGGCCGAGUUCCUGACGGAGUCAGAGAUGGACCUGCUGGUCGACCACGAGGACAAAAACGGGUCCUCGACGCUGGGGGAGCUGCAGCGUAUGACGGAGUUCACCUACAAAUUGACAGAAGACGACACGAGGCGACUGAUCGAGUUACGAGCCGCUAACGAGUCUCUGUUCACCGGGAGGAGAAACACGGCGAAGCCUGCCUGGAGGGGGAUCGUGAAGGAGAUGGGUCUGACAGGGAAGAUAACACCAGACCAGGUCGCUAAGAAGUGGGACAACCUGAAGACCAAGUUCAAGGACCUGAAGUUUCCUCCGCGGGGGAUGGAGAACCAGACUAACCCGGCCUCGUGGCCCUGGUUCCAGCUGAUGAAUGACGCUCUGGAGGGACGUCUUGUGGGCAAAGCUCCCAAAGUGACUCCCAUCUGGACCAAUGAGGAGGAUGCCGUCUUUGGCUCCUCCCCUCCCCCUGACAGAGACUGUUUGAUGGCAGAGAGGAGCAGCGUGUCGGAGCUGGAGAGCAUGGUGGGCGGAGAGAGCGCGGAGAACGACGGGAACGUCACGUACAUCGACGCCAGCGGAGAAGAGUGUUCGACACCCACUGACCUUUCUUACAAAAUGACAGACCACGACACCAGGAGGAUGAUUAAACUACGAGCUUCUAACGAGGCCUUGUUCACCGGGAAGAGAAACGCUGCGAAAAUGGCCUGGAAAGCCAUCCUGAAGGAGCUGGGGCUGCAGGGGAAAGUCUCCACCUACCAGAUGGCAAAGAAAUGGGACAAUCUGAAGAGGAGAUACAAGGAUCUCAAGUAUCCUCCUGUAGGGAUGGAGAGUGCAGCAGACGGCGCCUCCUCCUGGCCGUGGUUUCACCUGAUGAAUGAAGCCAUGGAAGGCCGGCUCAGCAACAGCGCCCCCCUCCUCACGCCGGGCACCCUGGACGACGAUCAGCACCCAGACCCCGCCCCCAGACAUAGGCCCCGCCCCGCCGUUCACCCUCCACCGGCCACUUCCACGGACUACGUGCAGGAGGCGUUCUGUGACGCCACGGAGCAGAACCAGCGCGGCCCCGAGGUGUGCGACGGCACGCUGGGAGGACUGGAGCGGGAGUGGGAGAUGGUGGAGAGGGAGAGGACGGCGCUGGAGAGAGAGAGGGAGAUGGUGGAGAGAGACCGAGCGGCGGUGGAGAGAGAGAGGGCUGCGGUGCAGGCGGAGCGGCUGUGGUUGGACAGGGAGCGGGCGGCGGUAGAGCGGGACAGAGCCAUGGUGGAGCAGGAGAGGGUGGCACUGAGCAGAGACAGGGAGGUGCUGGACCAGAGGGCGUUGAUGCUGAACUCUGUGGGACACCCUGGACAUCUGAACGCCCUCAUGUAGACCAGGACGCCGUGGGGGACAGAGCACGUCCCUGUGAAGGAGUCACUGUCGGAGAUUUGGACCCCGACCACGCUGACGGACCAGAGGAGGACGUGGACCCGCUGCACCGCCGCGGGUGGUGGCUGCCGGUCUUCCAUACGGAGACUGGACCUCGCUGGUGGACAGGUCCUGGAGACGUCCACGGUCCACAGUGUAAUGAAUUUAGCCUGCACCUGUGCGUCACAGGCCUGCGCAGCUUCGCGGUCUUCUGAACGUCACGCGGCUCUGCUGAACACGUGAGCGCCGCGUCGCCUCAGACGCCGCGUUAGUCCGGUCCUGCUCCUGAAUGUGGAGCCAGACUCGGUGUAUUUUCAGGAUUCAAACACUGAUUAAAGGUCCUGUGUGUCUGACACAGAGAAACGA